AUGACGCUCUGUGCGAAACAAGCGUACAGAGCGUCGAAAAAGAUUCAAACAAAAUUGAAAUCGAAGCGGUUUCUGAAGAACACGAAGACGAAGGAGAAGAAGAAGAAGAAGAACCGCGGCAGCGACGAAAUGGAAGAGGAGUGGGGAGACGGGGGAGUAUGGCAGAAGGCGAUCUUGAUGGGGGAUAAAUGUGAGCCCUUGGAUUUCUCGGGCGUAAUUUAUUACGAUAGUUACGGGAAGCAGCUGGACGAAGUGCCUCCACGAUCGCCACGUGCCAGUCCCUUGCCAGCCUUUCUUACAACCACUCACCGCCAGGUGUAUUGA